UGACUUGUGAUUCUUACCACUGACGAUCAAGAUGCAGCGAGGUCAAGUACCACAGGGUCCAACAGUAUGGCAAAAACUCAAAAUGGGUGCCAUGAUGGGUGCCGGUGUUGGCCUCACGAUUGGUUUCAUUUUCGGCUCGUAUAGCAUCCUGAGGGGAGGUGCAGGAUCUCGAGGAGCUCUUCCUACGCUCUCACAAUACAUGCUGAGCAGCGCAGCGACAUUCAGUUUCUUCCUUGCCAUCGGUUCCGUCAUUCGUAACGAGGGUGAACUUCCGGCACACUGGGAAGCAUCACGGCUUCACUUCACUCAAACAGCCCUCCAGUCAAGACAGCAGGGUCUCGCAGCCAUGAAGGCAAGGUGGGAGCUCGAGAAACGACGGGAAGAUUGAUUUCAUGAUCAUAUUCCAACCACAUGCUUCUGACCCUACAACUACACUACACUACUGCCAUCAAUGUUCCGGAUAGCAAAAACACAAUGUUACAUGAAUCUACCAAUGUAACUACCUAAUCGACCUGCACUGCUGGCCUAAGAUGGUCCUUCCUUCCGUUUUGUACUUUAUCCAAAUCCAUGCACACUUGAGCAUUAGCGAAAUGACCAGAUGAACACAUGACCAG